CGGCAAUCAAAUUCUGCUCUUCUUGGAUCUGACCGCGACACCUGCAGGAAUAAAACAUCGUAUUCUGGUAUUCAAACUAUUAAUGAUUAGCUUGCCCACAUCUGUAGAUCUGUUUGGUAAAAUGGCUAGCAUAACUCCUAACCCUUCAAGAAGAACAAUACUGAUAUGUUCGAAUGGAUUUUAUCUUCGAGUUAAUGACGACGCGAUUGAUGGUGUGACUGACAUUCAAGAUGAAAAUAUCGUACUCGAAAUGCACUCAGUUGCAAUUGGAGAGAUAGUUUUGUUUGGUGAGAAAUCCAUGAAGUACAUCGCAAUGGAUAACGACGGCAACCUUAUCACAACUAGCUCAUUAGUCCACACCUGUGUCUUCAAAGAAAAACAUCUGACCACUGGUUAUAACACUUAUGAAUCCAAAGCCAAUGCCGGCUGGUAUCUUGGGUUGACGAUCAAAGGGACGCCUAAGCGAGGACCAAAGACUAGUCCUGGACAAAAUGCGGUGUCCUUUUUGACAGGAGAUGCACCUUGAAAUAAGAUGAAUUAAAAUAUCUUAUUAUUGUUUUGUUUGCCACAUGUUGAUCAAGACAAAUUCACAAUAAGUUAAUAUGCAUUGUCACGCAAAAAAGUUUUCAAUGCAAGGCUUUGURCAUAAYGCUCACUGAUUUGAGAAAGGAGAAAAGAAUAAAUUUGAUUUCACAUGUAGCCUUGUACUAAAACUUUUGUGUGACAAGCAAAACAUAUCUUGAAAGCAGUCUAUUACGUUCGGUAUAUUGUUUUCCUAUUUCAAACCAUGUGUCAUUCUCUUGAGAAUAAGAUUUUUUGGUUUGAGUUGUAUUUAUAUCCAAGUAUUUUCUCAAGUGAAUGGUUAAAAARAGAAAUGAUACUCUAGGGAAUGACACAUGGUUUCUUUUAAUGGGGCCUAUAAAUGCCACCAAUCACAAAAGUUUUGUUAUAAAGUGCUAAGGCUGCAUUCAUAAUGUAUG